AAAAAACAAAAAAAAUUGAUUUGUAAUGGAACAGACAAACGCAUCCGCUUCAUCGUUCGGUCCAGCGGGCUAGAUCUCACCAACGCCUUCUUCAAACCCAUCCACAACUCCGACCCUCCAAUCCCUUCCAACCGCUGCACCAAAAUCUCCGUCGUCGGCGUCGGUAACGUCGGCAUGGCCAUCGCUCAAACCAUCCUCACUCAAGAUCUCGCCGACGAGAUCGCACUCGUCGACGCCAAGCCUGACAAGCUUCGUGGCGAGAUGCUCGAUCUCCAGCACGCCGCUGCUUUCCUCCCCCGCACCAAAAUCACAGCUUCUGUUGACUACGACGUAACCGCAGGAUCGGAUCUCUGCAUCGUCACGGCCGGUGCUAGGCAGAAUCCGGGGGAGUCUAGGCUUAAUCUACUUCAGAGGAAUGUUGCUCUCUUUCGUCAUAUUAUUCCUCCGCUCGCGAAGUCGUCUCCUGAUUCGAUUUUACUUAUUGUCUCUAAUCCUGUUGAUGUGUUGACUUACGUUGCUUGGAAGCUCUCUGGUUUUCCGGUUAAUCGGGUGCUUGGGUCUGGUACGAAUCUUGACUCGUCUCGGUUUAGGUUCUUGAUUGCGGAUCAUCUCGACGUUAAUGCUCAGGAUGUGCAGGCAUUCAUCGUGGGAGAGCAUGGAGAUAGCUCUGUAGCAUUAUGGUCAAGCAUAAGUGUGGGAGGCAUCCCUGUACUAAGCUUCUUGGAGAAGCAACAGAUCGCUUACGAGAAACAAACCCUUGAGGACAUUCACCAGACCGUCGUUGGCAGUGCCUAUGAAGUUAUUAGACUCAAGGGCUACACUUCUUGGGCCAUUGGCUACUCUGUUGCUAACCUGGCUCGUACCAUCCUCCGAGACCAGCGUAAGAUCCACCCGGUGACGGUACUUGCUCGUGGCUUUUAUGGUGUUGACGGUGGUGAUGUAUUCCUCAGUCUCCCGGCUUUGCUUGGACGUAACGGUGUGGUGGCUGUGACUAAUGUGCAUAUGACUGAUGAAGAGGCUGAGAAGCUCCAGGAAUCGGCAAAGACUAUAUUGGAGAUGCAGAGCCAGUUGGGACUCUGAACAUCAUCUUCUCUCUAUCUAUCUGCUUCAAUAUUUAUAAUUAUUUUUGUUUUGUUUAUGAGGUAUGAUGUGUGUUAUAUCAUUAUAUGUACAUGCUUGUUUAUGCAGAAUGACUCCAACUUUUGAGUUCUUUAAAAAACAGAGGAAUGAUGUGAUGA